UGCUUAGUCAAAAACACAUUAAAUGCUGUUCCCCCGAAUAAAGCAAAAAUAUUUAACUAGAUAGAAUAACAACAAUAACUGUGUUUAUAAACGUGCAUGUGACUUUAUGCUUUGUUUUGGCAGACAAUAGCUUCCUUGGACAACGCAACAUGGAUUUUCACCCAUUGUUUGUGUUUCAUGGCGUCUCCACUGAGCUAACCCUGGAGCGUACGGCGGAGGCAACCAAGGUGGCGAAAAAUAAGUCAUCGGUGGCCUGCGCGGUGCAGAACGGCGAGGAGGUGAAAGAGGAAGCCCGGGCACGCAUACGCCAGUCUGGAGGAGACCUCGAAUGCACCAAGCUGGUGCUCAGUGAGAGCAAGCUACAGUUUGGGCAGUACCGGGGUCAAACCUUCAAGUGGCUGCUGGGGAAUGACGUGGGGUACGCCUGCAGCAUCGUGGUGUUGCACCAGAAGGAGCGUGACAGCGGAGACACGUCCCAGUCACCCCUCGCGGUCAACAAAACCGCACUGGCGUCAUACGCCCGACUCUUUCCGGACAUGGUCGCCGCCCUGCACUCUCAGGCCGUGCUAAUGGGGGAGAUGCCCGUCAGGGAGCUGGAUGGCAGAGCAGUGGGUUUUGGGGCUCAUGCCAAAAGGACAUACUCCGCAUUGUAUGAAUCCCCCUACGGCGACGAUAAAUCCUACUUGCAAUGGCUACGAGGCAAGCGGACCAAACCGGGUUCCACGAUGCACGCCUUCCAGCGUUACGUGUUGAAGCGUGACAAGGAUGCGCAAACGCAGACCGUGCCCGGACCUGUCGCCCCAGGUAAAUGCUCUCCCCAGGUUUGCUUGACUUUGUUAACAGGUGAAGAGGAGCCCACUGAUGCCACCACUGAUGCCAUGCUCCUGGAGCCCACUGAUGCCACCACUGAUGCCAUGCUCCUGGAGCCCACUGAUGCCACCACUGAUGCCAUGCUCUUUGAAGCGGCCAUGGAGGCGGAAUCUCAGCCUUCUACCUCGCAGACGACGAGGACGCCGCUGGAAGCAGGCCCUAUCGCCGGAGACGGUGCUGCGUCGCCCCUGACUUCAGGCGCCGAGUUGCUGCCCAAGUCCUGGCGACAGACGCUGCCGGAGGACCAGCACGACUGGGUGGGCCGUGCUCUUUUUGUCCGAGGUCCCAAGGGGAAAGCGGUUCUCAAGUCCGGGCUGCAGCUAUGGUGGCAACCUCCUGAGAGGUUGCCGUAUUACACGCAGCCCCCUGCCUCGUCCGCUGUGUUCUUCCAGUCACGCUUUUUCCUGUGGUGCCCGUACAAGCUUUGGGGCUGCAAGCUCGAGUGCCCAAAAUGCAAGCACCAGCUGACUGGUUGCGGACUGUACAAAACCCUGAGAACGGUUUUGGACUUACGUGACUGGUACUACAUGGCCACAGAGUAUCUGGAGUGCCAGGCGUGCCACAAGAAGUAUGCCGCGUGGGCCAGCAACAUCAUCGGGCAGCUGAGCAUGGCGCUCCAGGCACAGUUCCCGGCGAUCCUCACCUACAAGUUAUCUUGUGACAAGAAGGUGAUAUGGCGGAUGCAGGCUCACACGCUGGGUAACAGUGCCACUCAUCUUCGCUCCCACUUGGUAGCGGAGCACUCGCGAGCGUGGCAGACUCGGGCCCUCGACUGUCUGGAGGUGAUGGCUCGCUUUCUCGCUGUCGGCUCCUCCCCGCUGCCGAGGUCCAGUAUCCCGCCCAUGCGCCCGCUACCGAGCGUUUCCUUGCUGCUGUCAGUGUACGUGAGGGAGUUUCUUCCUCGCAUGGAAAUCACGAAGGCCAGGAUUACGUCUAUAUUCGGAAGUAUCCUGAAAAUGGACUCCACCAAGAAGAUGACCAAGAAGCUGGCAGGUGAAGCCGCGGGAACGGCUGCCUGGGUCACCAACGUCGGCAACGAGCUGGGCCAGGUGCUCAUGUCGGUGGUGACGGCGGAAGAGGGGGACGGUCUGCUGGAAAUGGCCCAGGGACUCAUGCGCCGCUACCGGGAGGCCGGGCGAGACCCUCCUCUCGUGCUCUACGUGAACCGUGACUGCUGCUGCUCCGCCGCCGGACAGCCUAAGGUGGCGGAUACGUUCGGCGAGUGGGACCGGCUGGUGGUGCGCCUGGACGUGUGGCACCUCAUGCGCCGCUUUGCCAGGGGCGUUUCCACAGAGGCCCACAUGCUCUAUGGCGAAUUCAUGAACAGACUCUCGUUUGCCAUGUUUGAGUGGGACGAGGGGGACGUGAGGCGUCUGAGUGAGGCUAAGCGGGCAGAGCAUGGCGGGAACGCCCACGUCGAGCUGUCGGCCAAGGAGAUGCACCGUCACUGCCGCCGGCGCACCAGAGGAGCGGAGGAGACCACGCGUCUUAUCCAGGAGGUGCUGGAUCACAUGUGGGAUGCAAAAAACACAAUGGGCAUCAAGCUGUUUAACCAAAACAGAAUGAAGGAGAUCUGGAGCACUCAGCGACGCCACUUGGGCUGCAUCCAGGACCCGCCUGGCGUGGCACUUUAUACCAGAACUUCCACAGUGACCAGAGGAGGGGUGGCUCUUCCCGUCUUCCGCUGUGCACGGGGCUCCACUUCUCUGGAGAGCUUCCAUCUGCACUUGUGCCGUUUUAUUCCAGGUACGACGGCCAACGCCCUCCAUUUCCAGGUUUACCUCCUGGAGGGUCUGUGUAGGUGGAACGAGGACCGAGGAAGAGCGGCGGUGAAGGGGGCCGAUGCUGUCACGAUGCGGUGUUAUGACGCCGGUCUGCAAGACGCCCUCGCGCGGCUGACACAAAAGCAUUACGGUGUCACGCUGGUUCACAAUUACACCCCGGCGAGCAAGUACACAGGAGAGCUUAUUGGCAUCCAGUACCUGUAUGCUCAGGCUGGCGUCGUGCUGCAGUCCCACGCCGUGGAUGAUCCAGACCAGCCUGAUGACUCAGCUGACCCGAAAGACGAGCAGGAGGACGAAGACCAACUCGAGGAUGACGAGGGUUACGAUGACGUGCCAGUGGGAGUCGAGCAGUAUACGGGUGACUUUGAUUCCUUUCCUCCCGAUGAUGAGCCGGCAGAAGAGAAGGAAGAAGAAGAUGUGUUGGGUCCAGACGGGAACGGCGGAUACCAGCAUGUCUGUCGCUUGGCCACCGCCCUUGUUGCGCUUCGGCGCCAAAUGUUUGUGCAGCCUCGGCAGGAGAGGCAUAUUGUCGAACUUUGGCAAAAGCUGACAGACGGAGACAAAGCUCCUCUCAUCAGCCUUCCCCCCCGCCACACUCCCAAGCUGAACAAGGGACGCUUCAAUUUGUACACCGGGCGGGGCGCCAAGGUUGCGCACUCUCCGGACACAAGCAGGUUGAUGGAGGCCGUCUUUAUUCAGCUGUCGAGCCACCACAGCCAAGGGCACAACAUUUCGAGGUUCCGGCAGAGCCGAUGGUCGCUGAUAAUGCGGGACUACACGCGCAUUCGCGAGAACCUGUCCAGCAACCGGGCCAUCAAAGCUGCUGGCUGCAGCAUUCGCCUCUUGGAGGUCAACCACCGCACGCUCACUCAAUGGUUCAACAAGCGGUGUGAGGACAUGGCCACUGCUGAUGUUGUUGCGACGGUGCCAGCACAAAGUGCAGCGGCGACGGCGACACAGUCCCUUCCUGCAGCCAGGGAACUGAUGGUAGACAUCGCACAACCCCAUGAUGCACACGACUAUCUGCACCCAGCUCACACCUCUGGCCUGGCUUGCACACGGAGGGGGCCUGUGGUGCCAGAACUCUACCGUGCUGUUGCUGCUGCUCCUCCAUCAUCAUCAUCAUCCGCUGCUGCUGCUGCUCCUCCAUCGGGCUCCACUGCCAAGAUACCACGCUCAACAGCCUGGUAUCGGAAAAAGAAGGCACUCAGCCUCGGUGGUAUUAUAGACAUCGACGACCUCAAGCGAACCGAGACAUUCAAGUGCAAACUCUGUGGGCAACCAAAGAAUAAAGAACAUGGCCACAGUCGCUACAGAAACGAGACCUUUUGCGCACGUUCGCAGGGGCGUUCGGCGGAGGAGUGGCUGGCUGAGAAGAGGAGCCAGGACACCCAAAGACAGAGGCAGACCCAGCACACAAGAGCAACCCACCCUGUGCCCAACCCACAGACCUCUGUACCCAACCCACAGACUCCUGUGCCCAACCCACAGACCCCUGUGCCCAACCCAUACGCCCAUUCAAUGCUGCUGCUGCGGAAGAUUUUACCAAAGCCACCUCCGUAACCUUAAUUGGCCCUCUGUUAUUUGCAUUGUCCCUUUUCUACUGCUUUUGGAUUGUAUAGUUUUGUUAUUGUAUGUUGCAUUGUAUAGUUUUGUUAUUCAUAGUUUUGUUAUUGUAUAUUGUCUUCGAUGUUUGCUGUAAAAAAAUACUCUGUAAAUACCGUAUGUCUUAUAUGUUGGAUAUGUUG